CUUUACUGGGGUAAUUUUUUAAUUUUCAUUUCUGUUCCUUCUUGCUCUCUCUCUCCGGAUGGGAGACGAGCAAGCAGAGGAUCCAUGGCGGAGAGGUCAGCAGCUACCCCGCAGACGGUGCAGCCAGUGACGUGCGGAGCAGCGCUUCGGGGGCUGACGCCACCGCCUAUGAAGAGAGAGUUUGCCCGGAGCCGGCGCUGGCGGCGUCAGGGAGCGGUGUGGAUCGCGAGCCCGCUCGAGCUGCGGAGGACGGCGAUUCACGAGCGUGGAAGGGAUGUCCGCUGCUUGCGAGACUGCUAUUUCCUAUAUGGACUCAGUCUGAAAUCCAUGAUUCACGGCAAUAUUUGGAUACAUGUAGCAGAGGAGAAAGGAGUUAAGAGAAAUAAGUUCAUAGAGAGAUACAAGGGGGUAAGGUUCAUAGAAAUGAGGGACAUGUUUCAGUGGUUUGUUUGUCGAUGCCGUUGCCUUUGGCAUUGCUGGUAUUUAAAAGACCCCCUGCGCUGGGUUCAGCCUGGUGCUUUGCUUGGCGUAGGUGGCGUGAUGCUUCACAGUUCACAUGCACCUAAUGGGGAAGUAUGAGGCAAGGUCAUGAGAAUGCUAUUGGAAUUAUGCACCUAAUUGAUUGUAUUCUAGUCUUGUAAUUAUUAUCUUAAGAUUGUUGUUUCUGUCAGCAAAGUAUUUCUUUUUGUGCUCUCAGCUUUGUAGAAGUUAGCUGUUGGUUUUUUGCUUUGAGAACUGUAAGUGUGUUUAAACUGAUAGCCAGAAUGUUGAAGCGAUGUCUUCUAUUUGGGCACUUUUGCUCUGCGUUCGGCUGCAGAAAUCGAUACUUCGAGUUAUUCUGUUUUGAUCCUAGGUAUGGGAUUAAGCACGGGAUAUGAAAUGCAUUUCCUGUUAGGAUAGGAUGGUACCCGCUGAUUUUUACUCUACUCCAUGUUGGAAAGAUGCUUAUUGAGGUUGUAUAUUAUCGAACUGUACACUUUUUUUUUCUUAUUGAGGUUGUAUUGUAUCUAACUGUACACAUAUAUUUGAGUAAUAGCUGAACAUGUGAUUUUGGUGAUGGGCUGAAACCUUCAAUGGAACUUGAUAUAUAGUGUUUGAUCACUUGCCUGAUAAGAUUCUACUAUAAAUUAACAUGAUGAUGUAACUUCAUGUGGGAUUUCUUGGUGGCAGUGAUAGGUUCAACAGAAAUGGAGCAACCUUUUCUUCUUUUCAAUCUCCUAUGGAUGCAUGCCUUCCGGUGGUACUCUGUAGUGGAUUAGAUUUUCUCAUGUUCUUUACUAUAUAGUGUAUACUUUGGACAUUC